AUGAACGGACAGGCGCGGUGUCCACGUUCAUCGAACUUUCCCAUCGACGCUGGCCAGAUCCAACUUGUCCGCCCAUCCAAGCCACAAGUUUCGUCACCCCGAGCGCUCCCCGCCACUCCCGACGGGCGACGGCCACAAACGGAUAACAACAACAACACAGCAGCACCUGGCACUGGCAGAGCUCAAGAGCACCAGCAACGUUCAUCCUGCUCCGAGACGAGAGCUCGAAUCGAAAAAAGAAUGCAGGCGUUCUUCUCUUCGUCGAUCCCGGUCACUUCCUACUCGAGGUCGUCCUUAUUCCUGCCGCAGCCGCCUCAGGCUCCCGUGAAGCUCGUCCUCCCGUCGUCGGCGCCGAGGGGCAGCGCCGCCGCUGCCGCCGCUAGGAGAACAGCUUCGGAGGCUGCUGGCCGGUCGGGGCGGUGCGUGGCGGCGUCCGCGUCCUCGUCCCCGGCCACGGCUGCGGUGGCGACGGAGGUGCCCGGGGUGAUGAAGGCCUGGGUGUACGACGCGUACGGGGACGCCAGCGUGCUCAAGCUCGACGAGGCCGCGGCUGUGCCGGCCGUGGCCGAGGACCAGGUGCUCGUCAAGGUCGUCGCCGCGGCGCUCAACCCCGUCGAUGCCAAGCGGCGGGCCGGCAAGUUCCAGGCCACCGACUCACCUCUCCCGACCGUGCCGGGGUACGACGUGGCCGGCGUGGUCGUCAAGGUGGGCAGCCAGGUGAAGAAGUUGAAAGAAGGCGACGAGGUGUACGGCAUGAUCAGCGAGAAGCCGCUGGAGGGGCCGAAGCAGUCCGGCUCGCUGGCGGAGUACACCGCCGUCGAGGAGAAGCUGCUGGCGCUCAAGCCCAAGGGCCUCGACUUCGCGCAGGCCGCCAGCCUGCCGCUCGCCGUCCAGACCGCCAACGAGGGCCUGGAGAGGGCGGGACUGUCCUCCGGCAAGUCCGUCCUCGUCCUCGGUGGCGCCGGCGGUGUCGGCUCCCUUGCAAUCCAGAUAGCGAAGCAUGUGUACGGCGCGUCCAAGGUGGCUGCGACGGCCAGCACCAAGAAGAUCGAGCUGCUCAAGAGCCUGGGUGCCGAUGUCGCCAUCGACUACACUAAGGACAACUUCGAAGAGCUGCCGGACAAAUACGAUGUUGUCUUGGACGCAGUCGGUCAGGGUGACAAGGCUGUCAAGGUAGUGACGGAAGGCGGCAGCGUGGUGGUCCUCACCGGCGCCGUCAGCCCUCCAGGGUUCCGGUUCGUCGUCACCUCCAACGGCGCCGUCUUGGAGAAGCUCAACCCGUACCUCGAGUCAGGCAAGGUGAAGCCGCUCAUCGACCCGGAGGGGCCGUUCGCCUUCUCCCAGGUUGUGGAGGCGUUCUCCUACCUUGAGACCGGGAGAGCAACCGGCAAAGUAGUCAUCUCUCCCAUCCCCUGA